AUGGCCCCACGCGAUCAGCCCUUGGCACUUCUACUUGACCAGCCAGCUGUGUUGCCCUACAUACCUAGAAGGAUGGACCCCAAUCCAUUCCCUCUACUAGCAAGAGGCAGGAGAGGUAGAAGGGGAAUUAACCCCACAAUGACAGGAAUAGACCGGGGGCAAACUAGAGGAAUAAUCCAGAUUUCGAAGAGGAGGAAGAGCAUAGGGAGGAAGUUCUGCCCAGACCAUACAGAAUGGAACAAAGGAUUGGACACAACCAGCCAGAGCAGGGACGAAAUCUUCAUCCUGUCAAUGCUUUGA